AUGAGGAGAAGGGAGCGGACGCGGCACAGAUUUCACGACGGUGACGACGGCAGGACGAAGAAUGCGAUCUCUGACUUUUUGCCGGUGGUGAGUGAAUUGUUCACGACGCGAAUCAAAUCCGAACGCGGCCGCAGCCAAGGGUCGUACGCGGACACCGUUGUGAGUCAAAACAGCAGCAGCGGAAGGUGGGUGGUGCCGGUGCGGGACAAGUACGAAAAAGUUAAUUUUCAAGGCGAGGAGAAGGAUCCGACGGAAGAGGAGGACGACGUGAAGCAUAAUCGGAGGUGGUCAGCGCGGAUGUUGCACUCGGUUUUGACGGAAAAUGGAACGAGACCUGAAGAAUCUGAUCAAGAACAUCUUCCCGGAAUACCGAAGAAGUCACUGCAACUACCCGCUCGCAAACGAUCACCUCGCGAUGGCGCAGCUUCGGCCGAAUGAACUUGGACGGUGAGCCUGCAAAAUUUGUGCCAUUCUCGAAGGAGGACGAAGUGAUCGAAAUCGAAUCCUCAUCAGCCUUAAGUUCGGGAACCUCCCAGGCACAUUACUUCCCAGCCGGGAAAAGUCGACUACACUU